AUGAAAAUAUCUGCCGAAAUUAUUUUGAUGUAUAAUAUUCUUAGAAUUCUUGGUUGGAGUCAAGCUAUGGCAUUAAUAAUUUACUAAUCAAAACAAGGAAUCGAAGACAUUUCCAACAUUCUAAAUUUAGUUAAAGCUUUGACUAUUGGAAAAUGUUUCGAAAUUGUUUUUAUCAAGCAAAACUAAAUCCUAUCUUCUAAUAAUGUUGUGAAAUAUUAUGUAUUUCUCAUGAGACUACUAUUUCAAUGGUAUUUUAUGAGACCCUAAUUGUGUUUUUGCUCAUUUAGACACACAAUAAGUGGUUGGGCUUUUAUGGAAAUCACUGAAUCUAUAUAUUACAUAAGCAAAUCAGAAUUUAUGAAAAAAAUUUAAUCAGUUUUAAUAUUUGUCUUUAUUCCAUUUACUUUAAUUGGAAUGAUAAGAGUUAUAAAUCGAAUAAUAGAAAGACAAAGGGAAGAAGACUAUUUCAAAAGAACAUUUUAAAUAAUUCUAAUAAUUUUCGUAGCUUUACAACUCUUCAUUAACUUUUAAAGAAUUAGUUUUCAUAAAGAAAAUGCUUAAAUUCAUAAAAUUAAAUAAUCAUGA